GAGUAAUACUCCUUUUAAAAGGGUCCCAGUUUAAAGGGUUUAACCAUCAGAGCUGCAGCUGCACACAAGGUGACUGACAACAAGAACCAAUGCAGCCCUGACUGACACCGACGUUUACAGACUGACUUCUCUGGAAAUGGAUCUAAUGAAUGUAAAUGGCCAGUCUGAUAUUCACACAGAGUCGAAUGGCUUCAAAGAUAAAGAUCCAGACUCCAGGAGUGGUUCAGAGACAGAGGAAGAACCUUUGCUCCGGGACAACCCCAGGCGGUUUGUCAUCUUCCCCAUCCAGUACCCUGACAUCUGGAAGAUGUACAAGCAGGCACAAGCCUCUUUCUGGACGGUGGAGGAGGUUGAUCUAUCCAAAGACCUGGCACACUGGGAUCGUUUGAAACCUGAGGAGAAACACUUCAUUUCGCACGUCUUGGCCUUCUUUGCUGCUAGUGAUGGUAUCGUGAACGAGAACCUGGUGCAGAGGUUCUGUCAGGAGGUGCAGAUCCCUGAAGCGCGCUCCUUCUACAGCUUCCAGAUCCUCAUAGAGACUGUUCACUCAGAGAUGUAUAGCAUGCUCAUCAACACUUACAUUCGUGACCUGAAGGAAAGGGACUAUUUAUUCAAUGCCACUCAGACCAUGCCUUGUGUGAGACGAAAAGCAGACUGGGCCCUCCAGUGGAUAAAUGACAGCAAAUCCACAUUCGGGGAGCGACUCGUGGCUUUUGCAGCAGUGGAAGGCAUCUUCUUCUCUGGCUCAUUCGCUGCCAUCUACUGGCUAAAGAAGAGAGGCCUAAUGCCUGGCCUCACCUACUCCAAUGAGCUGAUCAGCCGGGAUGAGGGCCUGCACUGUAACUUCGCCUGCCUGCUGUACAGCUACCUGGUGAAGAAGCCAUCGGUGGAUCGGGUGAAGGACAUCAUCACCAAAGCUGUCAGCAUUGAACAGGAGUUUCUGACAGAGGCCUUGCCAGUGGCUCUCAUUGGAAUCAACUGUUGUCUGAUGAAGCAGUACAUCGAGUUUGUGGCUGACCGGCUUCUCACUGACCUUGGACUGGCCAAGGUUUACCAAGCUGAGAAUCCAUUUGACUUCAUGGAGUCCAUUUCGCUGGAGGGGAAAACCAACUUCUUUGAGAAACGAGUUGCUGAGUACCAGAAAUUUGGAGUCAUGUCAAGCAUGAUGGACUGCGAAUUCACUCUUGAUGCUGACUUCUGAAAACAAAAUGACACUUAAAUAUUUGUUACAUUUGUCAUAUUUAUUUAUUUUGUGUAUGGGGUUUGUUACAAAAACAAAAACAAAAACAAAACAAAAAUAGUCUUAUUCAAACGGUUUUUCAAACAUUAAUCACAAGAUUGCAAGAACAUUAAUUAUGGUUGACAGAUUAAAAUGACACUCUUCCAGGAGAAAUAUGUUACUUUCUGGACUGAAAAUUGCACGUUGACUUACUGUAAUAAGCAGUAAGUAUAGGAGAAGAAAUACUAAAAUAUUUAAAGUACGAAAGCCUAGAUCAUGGCUAUUUGUUACCUCAACACUUAUAUGCAUAGUACAACCUCAUUUUUUCUUAAACACAAAUAAUGUGGGAGGUGAUAGGGCAACUAUUUUGUACCUAUAAUAUAACCCAAUAGACUUUAUUGAGUCUGCAGUUGUUACUGCUGGCAUCUAUGGGGAAAUUGUUUUAAUAUGCUGUUAUUUUUAAUGCAAAAUAAAAAAAAGUUUUGUAAAAUGAA